UCUAGUGGUAGAAUAGUACCCUGCCACGGUACAGACCCGGGUUCGAUUCCCGGCUGGUGCAAAGCAAUGACGAAUUUAGCAUCAAUAGCAGUUGGAUUGGGUCCGCUGCCAAUUCUGAACACACAUUCAGAAAACACACUGGUUGCUUCUGAGCUUUAUUAGUUUUUUCCUUCACUAUUUAUCUGCUUCUAGCUUCCCUUUUCUGAUAUGCUCUCCCAGUUCAAUAUAUAUUUUGUGUUUUAUGUGUUGCAGAAGAUAAAAUAUGUUCAAGUAAUGAUGAGUAUGAGUUUAUAUUUAUUUCUUACAUAUUAAUGUCUGCAAUUAUCCUCCACCCUCUCAAUCCUAUACCCACAAUCUCAUCUCUUCCUCAACUAAUUAUCAGUUCAAAACCUCCCAAAAUUUCACUUAAACCCAAAACCCCUUAUUUCUUUAACUCUAAAAAACCCAUCUUUACUCCCAAAAUUCAAACUUUACCAAUAAAGAACCCAUCUUUAACUGAUUUUGAUGAUGCCCAUGUUACCAAUUUCACUGAUUUGCUUCGACUUUCAGUUCAAGAAAAUGACAUUUAUCUUGCCAAGGCAGUUCAUGCUUCACUUGUCAAGCUUGGACAUGAAGGGGACACUCGUUUGUGGAAUGCCCUUCUUGUUGCUUGUCUUAAAUUGGGUUUUAAUGAUUAUGCCUAUAAGGUAUUUGAUUGUAUGUCUUGCCCUGAUGUGGUUUCGUUUAGUUCACUGGUUUCGGGUUUUGCGAAAUCGGGUUGGGAAGAUGAGGCUGUGCAGCUUUUUGUUGAUAUGAUUAGUUUGGGUGUUGAGGCUAAUGAGUAUAGUUAUGUGGGAAUUUUGUCUGCGUGUAUUCAACUUGGUAGUUUAAGUUUGGGUUCUCAGGUUCAUGGCUUGGUUGUGAAGUUGGGUUAUUUGGAUAGUGUUUAUGUUACAAAUGCACUUCUGGGUUUGUAUGGCAAAUGUGGUUGUUUGGAUUCUGUGUUGAGUUUGUUCAGUGAAGUUCCCCGGAGGGACAUUGCUACAUGGAAUACUGUUUUGUCGUCUGUGGUCAAGGAGUCCAUUUAUGAGAAAUCAUUCGAAUUGUUUCGUUGUAUGUGGCAAAUUGAUGGUUUUAGAGUUGACCAUUUCACUCUUUCGACCCUUUUGGUUGCCUGCAGCGGUUCUUUGGCUUCGAUGAAUGGUCGAGAGAUUCAUGCACAUGCACUCAAAUCUGGUCUGCUGACCAGAUUGAGUGUUGGUAAUGCUCUUAUUCGUUUUUACUCUAAAUGUAGGAAUGUAAGCUCCGUGGUCUCUUUGUUUGAAAGCAUGCAUCUAAAAGAUAUUAUUACCUGGACCGAAAUGAUGAUGGCUUACAUGGCAUUUGGUCUUGUUGACAAGGCAGUGGAGACUUUCAAUAGGAUGCCGGAGAAGAACUCAGUUUCCUGUAAUGCUGUGUUGGGAGGAUUAUGUCAAAAUGGAAGGGGUAUAAUGGCUUUGAAUAUGUUUUCUAAGAUGGUGGAGAAGGGAGUGGAGUUAACUGAUUUCACUUUGGCCAGUGUUGUUAAUGCGUGUGGAUUGUUAAGAGAAAAGCGGACUAGUGAGAUGAUACAAGGGUUUGUAAUCAAGUUUGGUUCCGGAUCGAAUGACUAUAUCGAAUCAGCAAUGGUUGAUAUGUCUACAAGGUGUGGAAGAAUGAGUGAUGCAGAGAAAAUGUUUCGCAGCCGGCCAUUAAAUCAGAGCAGUCCUUUAAUAUGGACAUCAAUGAUAUGCGGAUAUGCUCGAAAUGGGCAGCCAUAUGAAUCUGCUUCUUUAUAUUGUCUGGGUUAUUCAGAGGGAACCAUGGCUGUUGAUGAAGUUCUUUCUGCUUCUGUACUAGGUGUAUGUGGAACCCUAGGUUCUUCUGUGUUUGGAGGGCAAGUUCACUGCCAUGCUAUAAAAUCUGGAUUUUUGUCCGACACUGUGGUGGAAAAUGCUAUAAUGAGUAUGUAUUUUAAGUGUGGAAACAUUAAAGAAGCAACUGCUGUUUUCAAGGCUAUGCCCACUCCUGACAUAGUUUCUUGGAAUGGUUUGAUGGCUGGAUAUAUCCUUCACAGGCAAGGCGAUCUAACCCUGACAGCAUGGGAAGAAAUGCAACAGGCAGGUUUACCCCCGGAUUCAACUACUUUUCUUAUACUACUUUCAGCUUACAAGUACACUAUCUCUGAUUUGGUAUAUGACUGCCGUAAAUUAUUUGUGUCAAUGAAUGCGGUGUACGGAGUUGAACCUGCUUCAGAACACUAUGCCACCUUUGUCAGUGUUUUAGGGUUCUGGGGUCAUCUUGAAGAGGCAGAAGAAGUAAUUAUUAGGAUGCCUAUCCAACCAGAACCUUCUGUAUGGAGAGCGUUACUUGAUAGUUGUAGAAUCCAUAUGAAUACAGAUAUUGGGAAACGAGCUGCUAAGCAGAUACUUCUCUCUGAGCCACAAGAUCCAUCUACCUACAUACUUGUGUCGAAUCUUUUUUCUGCUUCCGGGAGAUGGCAUUGCUCUGAAAUGAUCAAGGAAAAGAUGAGAGAGAAGGGAUUUCGUAAACUACCUGUUCGAAGUUGGAUUUUUCAUCAAAACAGAGCUCAUUUCUUUUUUGCAAGGGAUAAAUCACAUUUUCAAUCCAAAGAUAUCAACAAAGGGCUAGAAAUAUUAGUUAUGGAAUGCUUAAAAGCUGGAUAUGUGCCUGACACAAGUUUUGUACUUCACGAAGUAGAGGAGUAUCAGAAGAAAGAUUUUUUGUUUUAUCACAGUGCAAAAUUAGCUGUUACAUAUGGUCUUCUGAUGACCGAGCCUGGAAAAAUAAUUCGUGUUAUGAAAAAUGUAAUUCUAUGCGGUGAUUGCCACACAUUCUUCAAGUAUGUUUCUGUGAUUACCAAGAGAGAGAUACAUGUACGGGAUUCUUCAGGUUUUCAUUGUUUCUGGAAUGGCCAGUGUUCAUGCAAAGAUUAUCGAUGAAGUUCUGUUCACUACAUAUAACCUUAUA